AUGAUCUUGAGGCAAUAACAACUAAGAAUAUUAAGAAACUCAAGGGACUUAGCAUCCCAAAUGAAUCAGAUGCCAUAAAUUAAGUUUGUGCUUGGUAUGAAUUGUUCCUAACAGGUAGAUUACCUAAUAGGAGAGCUUAUCAUGUGUCUUUUCAUUGGAAGAACAAGUAAUAUUUUAACUAACCUUAAAUUUUUCAGUUUCUAUAUACAUGGAGGUUAAGAUUUAAAAGAGGGUAGCUAUGGUGACUUAUGGAGAGUUGAUUAUAGUUUUAUCUUUGAUGAAAACAAAUUAGUCAAUGAUUUUGAGAUGGAGAAUCUCCAAUGGGAAGAAGUCAAGCUCUAAGGCAAGCACCCUAAAAAACUCUCACAUCAUGGAGGUGUUUUAUAGGCAAAUAUUUCGGCAUUCAUUAUAUAUGGUGGUAUCAUUGGAAUGGAUAGCUGUGAUAUACUAUAUGUCAUUGAUCUAAAUAAUUUCAGUGUUGAUGCAAUUCCUCCAGCAAGACAAACAGAGAGAAACGGCAAACCCCUUCCUGGGCCUAGGGAUGAUUUUUCCUUUGUAACACCUAAUAAAUUAAAUUAAAAUGGAGGAUCAACAAUAUAUCUUAUUGGUGGCUUUAAGAAUGGAAUGAAGAUGGGUGACAUAUAUAAGCUUCAUGUUUUGGAAUCUGGAAAGAAAUUUGAAUGGGAGCUAUUAGAGGUAUAAGGUAGACCAUAUCUUCCACCAAGAUCAAGUCUCAGUGCCAAUGUCUUAAUUGAUCCGAAUGGCAAUGAAAAAUUACUAGUGUUCGGUGGUGCAGGAGAUAAUAGUGUCAGAUAUAAUGACAUUUGGAUAUUUUCUGAGCAUACGUGGACCGAAAUAAAACCUAUUAACUAAGAUCAAUCUGAGGUUCCGUAGGAGAGAGGUGGGCAUUAGUCAUGUGUUUUCGGUGAUAGAUUUUUAAUAGUGUUCGGUGGAAUACACGACAUUACUUACGAAUUGAAUGACUUACACAUAUUUGAUAUUAAGGAAAAUAGAUGGUUCCUCGGCAAUGAGAACAACUAAAAUGCAUCAUAGAGCGGUUCACCAAGAAAUAAAGCAAUUAUGCAGCAGAGUGACGCAUUCAAAAAGCAUUCUGUUUAAUUAAACUUGGGCGGAAAUGCUAAAGGUUAAACUAACAGAAUGAGCGGUUCUAACGGAUUCGAAUCUCCUUUAAAUCAAACAUUCUAAAAAGCAGCUAAUCUAAAUGAUUCAGUAAGGACUACCAGAGGUAAAAGCCUAUUUUAAUCAUCUAUUAAUCCAUUGUCUGACAAUCCCAAAGAUCAUUCGAGAAUGCAUAUGAAAAGUCCUCCUAAAGCACUUUAGAUUUAAACUACUCAUAAAAUCAAGAAUGAAGGAAAUGCUGUUGAAUUACUAACACCGACAUCAAUAUCUAUGAAAAACGCGUUCAUUAUUAAGAAUGCUGAUUAAAGCUUUGAUCAUUACUUCUAAAUUAUGAAAAGAAGAAAAGGUUAUGGAGGUCAUCAUACAUCAGUAAACUCUCCUGCUAAGACCUAGAAAAAACAUACACUCAACUAAUCUAUGAUAAGUAAUGGAGGACAUAGUGGCCACCAUCACCAUCAUCAUCAUGCAAAUUAUUCAGCCUUCAUUAGUGCUGGACACAGAGAAGAGCCGCUUCCAAAAGUAAAAAUCACAGAUGAAAAGCAGCCUGCUGGUAGAGACGGUCAUUCAGCUUGGCUUGAGGGAGACAAAUGGAUUAUUUUUGGAGGAGAUAGACAUCACAUGCCAUACAAUGAUACCUACGUCCUAGAUCUUUCAAAGCUCAUAAAUGUAUGA